AUGUUCUUAGAGAUAUUAAAAAAAGGUGUUAGGAAAUCUUUUUAUUUAUUCAUAACAAGAAAAUCUUUGACACUCUAUUCUUUUAUUGAUAAAAAUAGAAGUUUUUCAAAUCAAGAUCCUAAAGGUCCAAUCAAUUGGCCUUUCUUCGGUGUACUAUUGAGAUUGGGAGAGAAACCACAUCUUACCUAUCAGAAAUGGAAUAGACAGUAUGGCGGAAUCAUUAAAAUAUGGCUUGGAAAGAAUUACUCUAUGAUUGUCAGUGAUCCGGUGAUUAUGAAGGAGAUUUGGGUCAAGGAUUUCAAGACUUUUGCCGAUAGACCUAAAUUCCCAACACUUCGCAAAUUUUCUUUUGGAUUCCAAGAUCUAGCUAUGGUUGACUAUGAAUCCUGGAAAGGACGUCGUGAAUUGGUUGCUAACUAUUUCACCAGAGGUAAAUUAAAGAACUCCAUACCAAUAAUAGAUAGUAACGCCGAGAAUCUAAUUAGAUUGAUGAAGCCAUAUGCAACUUCAAAGCAACCUAAAUAUGCUUUGAAUAUUGUUUUAAAUUAUGUUUUCUCAACGAAUAUUCCUUUUGACGAAGAUAUCAAUGGUGGAUAUCUAAAGAGAUUGGAUACUCCUGUCAAUGAUGUCAUUGGAUUACUUACAACCGGUGCACUCAUGGAUUAUAUUACAAUACUUGAAUGGAUCUACAAUAUCAAAGACAAGUACACUUCUCAUGGAUUUGAUGUUCUCUAUCAAAUUAUGAAAGAAAUCUACGAGAAGCAUGAAGAGAAUCUAGAUGUAGAAAAUCCAAAGGAUAUAGUUGACUAUUUAAUUAUUAAUUUGAAAGAAAACGAAGGUGAGAAUAAAAAGAAUAUAAUCAUUUUAAUGUCUUUAAACAUGUUCUUGGCUGGAUUUGACACUUCUACAUCUGCAUUGGAAUGGCUGUGCUACACAUGUGCCAAUUAUCAAGAUGUUCAAGAGCGAGUGUAUAAGGAACUAUCCGAGGUAGCUGCAGGAACAGGUAAAAUCACUCUGGCCAACAGAACUCAAACACCCUAUCUAAAUGCAGUCCUAAAAGAGAUCCUAAGAUAUCGUACACUCAUCCCGCUUGGAGUUCCAAGGGUUGCAAGAGAGGAUGCAAUUGUCUGUGGAUAUUAUAUUCCGAAAGGUGUAAGUUCAGAUCAACCUUAA